AUGUGGGCGAAAUUCAGCAGCGCUCUCAAGCAACGCCCCAGUACUCCAUCCUUGGCUGAAGACCAAGACGACCAGCCCUCUCACGCCGACGUCCUUUCCAGCGUGUACGAACAACAUCCCAACCUCUCCGUAUUUCACCAGCAAGAUGAACCUACCGAAGUCCCUUUCCCAUCUCCGAGCCCGCCAUCUUCUCCCUCGCUUACUGGCCGACGCAACAUUUUCAGGCGACCUAAGCCAUCUCGCAUCGACACCGCUGCAGAACCAGCCACAUCUUCCCCCAUCUUGUCGCCACUUACACUGCCGAAGAAAGUAAAGUCAUCUCUUCAAAACCUUUCUAAUGUCUCCGAGCUCUCACUCAACCGGCCAUCUAUAGAUUCAGCACAGCGUCCUUCGCCAGAUUCAGCUCGACUAUCACCGGCGUCCGCCUCCGACAUCAAGUUUGGCUCCUUGAGGUCCAUGGUUCGCACUCGCUCAUCCGGGAGCUCCACGCAUUCGCAACAAUCGUCCCAGGAGUCAACCCAAGCACAGCCCAUCACACCAGUGACAGACGUCAAGUUCAGAUCAUUGAGGGUAGCAACCUCGUCAGCAGACUCAAUGCAUUCGCAACGGCCGUCUCAGGACUCGAUCUCAGCGCCACCCAUUACACCGACUACCGACUCAAAAUUUGGUUCUCUCCGCUCUAUCCUGCGUGACCGCAAAACGCCCGCCACAGGUCAGAGCGUGCGCUUCUUCUCCCGUGAUGCCUACAAGGUCAUCACUCCAGAUGUGUCGGCGACGAGCAGCGAGCCGGACGAGAUUUCUUUCGCUGCUCGCCUUCACCGCGCAAAGCAUUCAUCGCGUCCGGCCGCGCAAGAGUUGUUUUCGACGCCGACUACACCUUCGCUCAUGGUCCCCAUUUCACCUCCUCACGUAUCCAACAUCUUCGACCUUUCGACAGAUGCUGAGUUGCCCACUAUUCCCAUAGGAGAAGAAGUGCCGCUUCUCGACAGUGCGAUCGAGAUCUCAGAAGCAGAGGUAGAAGAGACUGCGAACACGGAGUCUCGCCCGCCGACGCCACCAGCCAAAUCUACACCUGCGUCGUCGCAUGUGCAGCAUGACCGCAGCCAGUCAUUCAGUUUUGGGCAAACCGUGUUCCGUUCUCCAGAGACAGUGGAUGUCUCUCGGGCGUCGUCUACAGGGUCUAUCUCGAAGGCCAACCGUAGCCGCGCGCUGAGCGACACAGUGUUUCACUCGUAUUUGCAGUCACCUCUGGUUGGGUUGGAGAAUAAAGGGCCACCUGAGGCGGAUAUCAACGAUACGUCUGGAGCCAUGGUCGUGUAUGGAUCGCCAGAACAGGAGAAGCGAGAGAAGGAUCCGUUUGGAGCCAACGCGACAACCUAUUACACACCCGGUACGGUGUUGCCGCCGACGCCUCCUCAGGCGCAGCGAGAGGGCCACGGGCGAAAAGCUUCGCGUGAAGAGAAUCUGAUCCUCUCGCUGCGCACCCAGCUCGCGUUACAGUCAGAACUGUGCGUGCAGUUUGAACUCGAUCUGAGUGCGCGAGACGAGUUAGUGCGUGUGCUGAGCUCGCGGCUGGAUGAUACCGAACGUGAGUGUGAGCGGCGGAAGAGUAUUGUGAAAAGCUGUAGGAAGCGAGUAACGGAGCUAGAGAGGUGCGUGCAGGGCUUGCAGGACGAGGUCGACAGGAGCAGGGAAGAGAGUAUGGAGCGAAGUGUGAUGGACGAGGCGAGUGGGGAGGCCCUGAGGAUGCUGCAUCGCAGGAUUGAGGAGCUUGAGCGUGAUCGGGCGGAGAGCGAUAGGCGUGAACAGCAGGCGAAGGAAGAGGUUUGCGAGAGGGAGUAUGAGUUGGCGCAGGCCAAGGAGGAGCUGGCCAGGAGGGACGAGAGCGAGCGCGAAUUAAAGGCAGGCAUCGCGGCCGCGAAGGAAGAAAUGGAGCAGAUGGGCGAGCUGACAGGGAAUCACGAUGCGAUCACCAGACAAAUUCAGUUCAACAACGCCGAGGCAGCGUGGAGCGAAGAGCGCGAACGCUUGCUUAAGGAGAGCGAAUUGCUUCACAAUGACCAAGCUGCAGCCCAAGCGCAACUCGCGGAUGCACGUGAAGAGAUCGUCCGCAAGGAUUCCGAGAUCAAUGUCUUGAAGGCGGAGGUCGAAGCACAGUGGAGACACACAGAAGAGGCUAGCGAGAAAACGCAAGAGCUGGCGGCGCAACGCAACGAGUUGCGUGGAGAGGUUGAAGCCCUCAACGAGCGUAUCUCCGCCAUGGAGGUCGACUGGAGCCAAAAUGAGAACCGAAAGGCUAACCUCGAGGCUGAGAUUCAAGACCUGUUCGCUGAGAAAGAGGAUCUGGAACGUGAGCGUACUGAGCUCGAGGAUCAACUUCGUAGUGAGCACGAACACUCUGAACACUUGACGCAAGCCCUGCAGGAAUGUGAAGAUCGCGUAUCGACCCUCGAGCAGGAACGGCAAUAUGCUGUCGAUAGGGCAGCCCGCUUCGAGGCGCAACUCAAGCAGCGAGAUAUGGAGACAAUCCAGCUUGCCGAACGGGCUGCUGAUCGCGAGAAGGACACGGAAGAAGCACAAGAGGAGAUGGCUCGGAUGAAGCGCGAGCACGCUCGCAUCGUCAAUGAGCAGAGCCGUACCUUGCAGGAUGUCGUCGCGCGCGAGGUCGAAGCACGCGCCGGACUUGAGUCAUUCGUCAGGGAGAAGGCGGAAGCGGAUGUCCAUCUUGCCUCAUUGAAGGAGCGACUCACCGCGCUUCAAGAAGAGACGGAACGUCUCCGACGUCAAGUACAUUCGCUGCAGCAAGAGAGUGCGGACAAGGAAGUCAAGUUAGCAAAUUUGGCUAAGCAGCGCGCCCAAGAUAAGGAAGACAUUCAAGGUUUAAACAUUGCCUUGGAUUCGAAGCAGCAGGAGCUUGAAUUGCUGAAACGCCGUAUUGGGGUUCGUGGGACUGCAGGCGGCACACCCGCUCAGGCUACCAAAGCCCCUCACCACCGUCGAGAAUCCUCAAUCUUUGGAACACCGAACAUCGCAGGCUCCAGACCGUCUUCAGCGCUGUCUGAUACAAACAGUACUGCGAAGGAGCGAAAACCGACUGACACACCUUCAACUGUUACAAAAGCAGCACUGGCGAAGAGCAUCCGCGCAAAUGUUACAGGAUCUGCCACUGUGACUACAAAGCGGUCACUGGAGGGUGCAAUGGGCCCGCCGCCCCUCCGUGCCUCGUCAACGACACCUGGGCCUACACCUACGCGUAUUCCUUCCGCAUCUUCGACUCGUACUCCGACUUCCACAGCGCCGAGUUCAUUUGGCAAAGCGACACCUACCCUCCAGCGCCGUAUGUCGGCGACGUCAAGUCUGGAACCUUCGCGGUUGCGAACGGCGAGGACCAGUCGCGAGCCGCUUGCCUCGGCUAGCGAGAGUGACGAAAAGGAGAAGGAAAACACGGUGCCAGCUGCGAAGACGAGGCGUAUGAGUGUCGCGGCGGCAUAG